GGGAAAGGAGACAAAAGUAAAGGACUCUCACUCCUCUUGUAAACUAGUCCUUUGCCUCUAAAGCUUUGUCUUCUCCCCCAUACCACAGCCACAGAAGCAAAGGAAGCAAUACCUUCAAAGACUGAUCUAAGAGUGGUAGGAAAGAAAGAAAAACAACAAGAAUAGAUGGAAGAAAAAUAGAGAGAGAAAGAGAGAGAGAGGAAGAAAGGGAGGCCUUAGGGUGGAAUAGAGGUAUAUUUGAGAGUUCUUAGGUGCAGCAGAUGAUGGGAGGGUGUCCUACUUGGUGGAGCAUGAGCAAUUUGAGGAGAACUUCGUCUGAUGAGGCCUCUCCACUUCUUCAGUGUCCUCUUCCUCCCUCCUUAGCCUUCUCACAGCAGCCUCAUGAGCUUUCUAAUUAUAUUCCUAUGAGCUCUUGUUGUGAAGAUCCUGAGCUUCCACAAACAUGGAGUCAAGCGCUCAUGGGAGGACUAGCUACUCAAGAGGAAAGGUAUAGUUUAAGCACUCCUUUUCAAACCAAAAAAAUGGAGAAUUUAGAGAAUCAGCUGAUUUACCAUUCACAAGGAGCUCAAGUUCAAGAUCUGAAGCAAGAGAACUCUGAAGAUUCUGGUUAUGCCUUCAGCCAUGUAAGCUCAAGCUCUUGGGGUCCGAUUGUAACAGUAUCUCCUAGAUCUUGUGAUACUUCAAGCUUCAGCAGAAAUAUGCUGAACUUCUCUAACAAAAAGACAGACAGAAAGCAUCAACUAACUGAUCACUUUUCAGAGAGCAAUAGCACAGAAAAUGGAGGAGUUUUGAAGAAGGCAAGGAUUCAAGGGUCCUCAUUAUCACAGCCAAGUACUUUAAAGGUUAGGAAGGAAAAGCUAGGGGAUAGAAUAACAGCCCUUCACCAAUUGGUUUCCCCAUUUGGAAAGACUGACACAGCUUCUGUACUGCUUGAAGCCUUCGGCUACAUUAGAUUCCUUCAGAGUCAAAUUGAGGCUCUCAGCUCCCCGUACUUGGCAAGAGGAUCAGGCAACAUGAGGCAGCCUGAUGGAAAUGAUGAACAAAAGAAGGAUCUGAGGAGUAGGGGACUGUGCCUGGUUCCAGUUUCUUGCACAGUGCACGUUGAGAGCAACAAUGGUGCAGAUUAUUGGGCUUCAUCACUACGUGGGAGCUAUUGAUGUAGGAGAUUAUUAUAAGCAUCCUUGAGAUAUUUAGAGCUUGAUACAAUUGUGAAUAUAUAUAGCAUCAUUAGCAGCCAAUCUUAUAAGGAAAGAACAAGGCUGAUUGCUCAUGAUGCUAUAUAUGCACAAAGUAAACAGAUCAAGAAGUGUGCUAAGUGAAGUUUUAAAGAGUAUUGGAGGGUAAUGAAUUGCUGAUUUAGGCUUGAUCAAUUGGGACGGUUUUCAUAUUGCUUCUUAAAGCAGCUUUUUAGGGCAAAAAUUAAGAGAGCUGCUUUAAGAAGCAGUAAAAAGCCGUCCCAAACGACGUUUUAGUCUUGAUUUGAUGAUAUGUGCUUUUAUAUUGGUUGGUAAUAGAGGACAGUUUCCUUAAUUUGUACACUAUUUAGUUUAGAAUUAACAUUUUCUGGUCUAUUUCAUUCAGUUUUAAUUAAUAUGUAAGUAAUAUUAUGAUGGCUUAAGGGUU